AUGGAGACUUUGCGGGUGAAGGUGGGUUUUGAUAAUUGUUUGUGUGAGCCUAAGGGAGAUGAUUCACGUGGAAUCGCUAUGCUUAGGAUGAACGAUGUUCUUCUGCAUGUGCAUAACUAUUCUACUAGGCAUGUGGAUGUGUCAAUUGGUGCUCGGGGAUCGGUUGGAAGAAAAAAGAGGCUUUUCCGGUUUGAGCAAUUCUGGGCACAACAUGCUGCAUGUGAAGAGGUUGUGAAGAGUGGUUGGCAAGGGUUUCGUCAAGCUGAAAUGCGGGCAGUUAGGGCAAGGUUGAAUGAACUGUUGGAGGCACCUUUUGACUCUGCUAUGAACCAGGAAAAGCAAGCGCUGAAUAUUCGUCUUCAGGAGCUAUUGACACAAGAAGAGACCAUAUGGAGUCAACAAUCAAAAGAAAUGUGGUUGAAGUCGGGUGAUAGAAAUACUGCAUAUUUCCACCGGCGAGCAUCUAAUCGGAGGCAGCGUAACACUAUUAAAGGGUUGUUUGAUGACAAUGGAAGUAGUGUGACAGAGGCUAACCAAAUUGAGAAGGUUGUGAGUAAUUAUUAUCGCAAAAUGUUUUCAACAGAGGGUACAAAUGAAGUGGCCAUGAACCUGAUUCUAGGCACAGUGACUCCUAGAAAAGUACAAGAGCCUAAGAAUAUGAUAGAUCUACGGCCUAUAGCUUUAUGUAAUAUUCUUUAUCGUAUUUGCUCGAAAGUGUUGGCAAAUAGGCUGAAAGGUUUGUUGGGGAAGGUGAUUUCUCCAUUGCAGAGUGCUUUCAUCUUGAGAAGGUUAAUUUCAGAUAACACAUUGGUGGCAACAGAGGUAGCUCAUUUCUUACAUACUGAGAGAAGGAAGGCAUCAGAACAUUUUUCCUUGAAGUUGGACUUUAGUAAGGCUUAUGACAGACUUGAAUGGAGUUUCCUCCAAAAUAUGCUUAUGAAGUUGGGUUUUGCUCAGGCAUGGGUGGAGUUGAUCAUGACAAGCAUCAAAACAGAAGAAAGCCAACAGUUUCGAAAUAUAUUGUACACGUAUGAAAUUGCUUCAGGGCAGCGUGUAAAUUUGCAAAAGAGCGAAGUGGCUUUUAGUCGGGGAAUGGAUAUGAAUAGACAGGAAUUUCUGGCUAGUAUGUUGGGAACGAAGCGUGUGGAGAAACACGACAGAUAUUUGGGUCUACCCACACAUGUAGGCAGGAAAAAAUCAGCUGCCUUUAGUUAUUUGAAAGAAAAGCUUACGAAGAAGAGUUGGAGAUUGCUACAAACUCCAGAUUCUCUUAUAGCAAGAUUGUGCAAGGAUAUUUACUUUCCAACUAAUGAAUAUGAGAAUGCUGAGUUGGGGAAUACACCUUCUUUCUCUUGGCGUAGUAUAUGGGAAGCAUGCCAAAGGCAUUUCAAUCAAGCUGACAUUGAGUUGAUACUCAACAUACCGCUAAGUCGGUCUAUGGGUGGGGACAGACAGGUGUGGCAUUUUAACAAAAAAGGCUUCUUUACAACUAAUAGUGCAUACUAUAUAGCAAAAGAUUUGGCACUUGGCUUGGUCCUUGCUCCUAAACCCCCUAUACAUCCCUUAAGGCUGGUGUGGAAGGCAAUUUGGAGUGCUACAGUACCCGGUAAGGUGGCUUUGCAUGCAUGGAGAUUGGUAAGCAAUAUCUUACCUACUCAGGUUAGCCUUAGUACUAAAGGCUAUAAUGGUGCUUUGGAUUGUAGUUUAUGUGCUCAUAAUUAUGAAGAUAGUUUGCAUUUGUUCAUUAAUUGCCUACAUGCACGUGAGGUGUGGAGUAGAGCUGGUGUCAGCUGGCAGGGACUGGCCAUUGCUUCUAUUCAAGAGUGGUUUCUGGCCAUAGUACCGACACUAUCUAAAGAAGAGCUGAACAAGGUUCUGAUGUUGUUUUGGGGAAUAUGGAAGAAUAGGAAUGCCCAAGUGUGGGAGCAGAAAGGUAAACACGCGUCUGAAACCUUGUUGUUAACUGUUGGAUGGUAUGAAGAGUUUAAGAAGUAUAAUGCUAGCCCUCACAGACAAAGCUAG